GUAGGCGUUGGUUAGAACCGCUGUAGGUCUUUUUUUAAGUUUUUUUUUUUUUUCCUGUUUAUUAUUAAUGUUGUGUUCGACCACAUCACCUUCCUAUACUCCUCAAAUUUUGCUCCAACGCCCCUUCGAAGAUUUCUUCCUCGUCAACCAUUUUUUUUUUUUUUUUGCAUUUUCUUUGUAAUUCCAUUAAAAAAUAAAAAAGAAUAGUUUUUGCUUCUCUAUCCUAGUAAAACAGACGAAAGAACAAGAAGGAUGAUCCAGAAGAGAAACUUGGAAAAACAAUCCAUCCCAAUUAGAUUAAAAAGAAAGCAUUUGAAUUAUCAAUAAUUAGAUUGGAAAAUGGGGAGUUACAAUUAUUACAAAGUGUUGGGAUGUUUUAAUAGGAAGUUCAAGAUCAGCGAGACGGGUCCACCACCGGACGUUAGCGAUGCAUUUUCCUUAUAUACGGAAAAUGGGAGCCACAUGACGGGGGAUCAAUUGAGUCGUUUCAUAGUGGAGUAUCAGGAGGAGGAAGGGUGCACCAUUAAUGAAGCUGAACAAAUUAUACAAGAGGUUGCCAAUCGCCGGCACCAUCUUACCAAGUACAGUCGGAAUGCGCAUUCUUUUGAACUCGAAGAUUUCUUCUAUUAUCUAUUUCAGGAUGAUCUCAAUGCCCCAAUCAUGUCUCAGGUACAUCAUGAUAUGAAUGCUCCAUUGCAACAUUAUUUCAUUUAUACAGGUCACAAUUCCUACCUUACUGGAAAUCAACUAAGCAGCGAUUGUAGUGAAAUUCCAAUAAUUAGAGCUCUGGAAAGAGGUGUGAGGGGAAUAGAGCUGGAUUUAUGGCCAAAUUCAGCGAAGGAUAAUGUGCAUGUUCUUCACGGGAGGACCCUGACAACGCCCGUGCCACUACUUACAUGCUUAAGGUCAAUUAGGGAUCAUGCAUUUAUUAAAUCUCCUUAUCCUGUCAUAAUUACGCUGGAAGACCACUUGACGCCAGACCUUCAAGCAAAAGUUGCAGAGUUGGUUAUCCAAGUUUUUGGGGAGAUGCUGUAUUAUCCUGAGUCAGAAUGCGUAGAGGAAUUUCCUUCACCUGAAGAGCUUAAGCAUCGGAUUAUUCUUUCUACCAAACCACCCAAAGAAUAUCUGGAGUCGAAGCAUCACCGAGAAAUAGAAAUUGCAUCUCCUGUGAACAAAGAUUCAGUUGAAGGGGACAUUUUGGUCAACGGGACUUCAGAAGUUACAGGACAUGAAGCUGAUUAUAAGUGUGAUAUUGAUCAAUAUGAUGAAGAUGGUGGUACCUCCAACUACCAAUCAUCCCUGCAAGGAGCACCUCAGUACAAGCGUCUGACAGCAAUGAAUGCUGGAAAGACCAAAAGUGAAUUGAAGCAUGAACUAAUACCAGAAGAGCUUAAGCAUCAAACAGUUCAUGAUACCAAAUCACCCAGAGAAGAUUCUGACCUGAAACAUGCCAGAGACAAAGAAAAUGUAACUAUAGUUAGGAAAAAUUCAGUAGAAAGGGACUUUUUGAUCAAGGAUACGUCAGAAUUUACAGUCGAAGAACAUGAAGCUGAUGAGAGGAAAGCUAUAGAUCAAGACGACAAAGAUAGUGAUCGCUCAACCCAUCGAUCAUCCCAUAUAGGAACCCCUCGGUACAAGCGCAUGGUAGCAAUGAAUGCUGGAAAAGCAAAUUAUGAAUUGAAGCACGCGCAAAUACCUGAAGAGCUUAAGGAUGGGACUCCUCUUUCUCCCAAGCCGCCCAAAGAACAUGUUGAGUUAAACCAUCAGACAGACAGAGAAAGUGCAUCUCCGAGUGAUAUAGAUCAAGAUGACUUAGGAAGAGGUAACUCUAACAGUCGGUCAUCCCAGCAAGGAGCACCUCAGUACAAGCGCAUGGUAGCAAUUAAUGCUGGGAAGGCAGAAUGUGGUUUGAGGCAUUCACCAACACCUCAAGAGCUUAAGCAUCAAAAAAAUAUAGAAAGUGAGUCUUCGGCGACGAAAGGUUCACUUCAAGAUUUUCUGGACAAGGAUGCUUCGGAAAUCAUAGAAGAAGUACAUGAAACUGCUGAGAGGAGUGAUUUAGAUCAAGAUAACCUAGUAGGUGAUAAUCCUAACCAUUGGUCAUCCAAGCAAGGAGCACCACAGUACUUGCGCAUGGUAGCAAUUAAUGCUGGGAAGGCAGAAUGUGGCUCGAGGCAUUCAUCAACAUCUCAAGAGCUUAAGCAGGACAGAAAUAGAGAAAGCGAGUCUUCGGUGAGGAAAGGUUCACUUCAAGACUUUCUGGUCAAGGAUUCUUCAGAUAUCAUACAAGGAUAUGAAACUGAUGAGAGGAGUGAUACUGAUCAAGACAAUGAAGAUAAUGAUACCUCAAACAACCUAUCAUCCCAGCUUGGACCACCCAAGUACAAGCGUUUGAUAGCAAUUCGUGCUGGGAAGGCAAAACAUGGGCUGAAGCAUACACUAACAGAUGAGGUAAUUAAAUUCAGUCGUCUAAGUUUGGAUGAACAAGCACUUGAAAAAGCUGCAACAAAUCAUGGAAAGGAUUUGGUCAGGUUCACUCAAAGGAAUAUUCUGAGGGUAUUUCCCAAGGGAACACGAGUUACCUCCUCAAAUUUUAAACCUAUGACUGGCUGGAUGCAUGGAGCUCAGAUGAUUGCAUUUAACAUGCAGGGAUAUGGAAAAUCACUCUGGAUUAUGCAUGGGAUGUUUAGGUCUAAUGGGGGAUGUGGCUUUGUACAAAAACCUGGUUUUCUCAUGGAAAGAGGACCACACAAUGAAGUAUUUGAUCCCAAAGUGACAUUGCCGGUGAAGAAAACUUUAAGGGUCAGAGUAUACUUGGGAGAUGGAUGGCGCUUGGAUUUCAGCCACACACACUUUGAUGCCUUUUCUCCCCCAGACUUUUACACAAAGCUAUAUAUAAUUGGAGUUCCAGCAGAUGCUGCAAAGAGAAAGACCAGGAUAAUAGAGGAUGAUUGGGGUCCUAUAUGGGGUGAAGAGUUUAAAUUCCCCUUGACAGUGCCGGAGCUGGCUUUGCUUCGGAUUGAAGUACGAGAGCAUGACAUGUCAGAUAAGGAUGAUUUUGGAGGCCAGACAUGUUUGCCUGUUUCAGAGUUGAGACCUGGGAUCCGAGCAGUCCCUCUCUAUGACAAGAAGGGUGAAAAACUUAAAUCUGUUAGGCUGCUUAUGCAAUUUCGAUUUGUCUGAGGUGCAAUUUUUUCUUUUUCUUGGUAGGGUUUUUUGUCCAAAAAAGAAAAGAAGCCCUAUUCUAUUGUUUUCUUGUAUAUCCUUUGUGGGAUUCUCUCACAUCCUGUUUGUAUAAUGGAUGUGAAGCUGUAGUAUUAGCAAGGGCAAGAAAAACUAUAAUAUUAGCAAGGGAAAGAAAAA